AUGAGAUCGCUAUUGCAUUUCUUAUCAUGGAAUCUCUUAUUGCUUGUAAUCCAAUGCCAUACCGCUGAAGUUGUGGAAAGCGUUCAGCAAAGGCUACUUUCAAGCAACUUUAGGGAUGAUAUUGUAUCAGAUGAGACUUUACAAAGAAAUUUCCCAUUUUUAAAAUCUAGUUGUGUGAGGGAUGCUCUUAGAACUUUUCUACCUAUAUGUUUGAAGCAAGGUGUUGAAUCCAUAGAAUCUUCAUUUAAAGUGGAAACCGCAGUUAAAUUAUCCAUAUGUGAAUUCCAGGUUGCAGGCUUGGGACAUAUCCCAGACUCUUGUAAAAACACACAAACUGAUUCUAUGAUGGAUUGUAUGAUACAGCUAGAAUCUUCUGCUCAAUGGUGGACGACUUACAGUGGGAAUUAUCAGCGGUUAUCUUCCAUAUGUUUUGAAAAUUCUCUCCCUUACGAAAAGGAACAGAUAUUGUCCUUAUUCCUCAAUAUUACAAACAUACAAAGUGAAAUUAACGAUAAUUUUACCCGACAUUUCUAUAACAUGAUGUCAAAUGUGGAAUCAUCAUCAGACGAACAUUUACAAACGAUUGCCCAAUUGUUUAAAGAAUAUUUAAAACAAUUUGAUGAAACAUUUAAGGAUAAGCAAACCGAAUUCGAAGGGUAUCAAGAUGAUAUGCAGAGUUUAAUAGUUCAAAAUUCACAAUUCAUUAAAAAGCAGAAUGUCGGGUUCAUGCAAAGUAUGGAUUCGUUGCAACAUAUGAUAGAUGGUAUAAUUAUGGAUUUAAAGAAUGAUGAAAUAUCUCAACAAAUUGUUGAAGUCCAAAAUGAAAAUUUAGACAGUUUGAAGCAAAUGAAAAAUCUUAUGCAGGAAAUCUACCAAUUUCAAAGACAUGGUCAAACUCAGAUGAAUGACGAAAUGCAACUAUUCUUCGAGAAUACCAAAAAAAAUAUGGAUCUAGUUACAGAUGAUGUUAAACAAUCUCAGUUGAGAGCUGUAGAAGAACUCCGAGUAUCCUUGUUGCCCUCUAUAAUAGAGGAGUUAGCUCCUCAAUUGUCUAACAUCAAAGAAGAUUUGUUAGAAGAUUGGAAAUCUGCCACAUACUUGAUGAAUACAGAUUUUCAAUCGUGGAAUAAUCAGAUUAAUGACACUUUUCAACAAAUUUCCCUGAAACUAAAUACCACGCUGGGAGCAAUUGAUAAUAUAGAUCGAAGUUUAUCAAAAUUUGAAAAAAUCUUGACAAGGGUAUCACAACUGAUCACUUGUAUCAGCACUUUCACACAGUAUACUUUUAGCGCAGUAUACCACUUUUCCACGAGCAAAUACGUUUGGAGAUUUUUCUUCAUUACUUUUGCAAUUAAGAGAUUUUCCUUACAAUUUUCCUGGGGUAAACUACUGUCUCCCAUUGCCGCCUAUGCACAAGUAAUGGCAAAAUUUUGUCUUCUAAUCUUUGCCAUAUAUGGUGGGUCAAAAUUGGGUAAUAUUAUAAUGUCCGUUGGUACAUGA